AUGGAUCGAGAUAAGAUUGUAAAUUGGUGUGAAUUAGAGAAUGUACCGGUGAAUCAUGCGUGUGUGCUAAAUGGGGUAGAUUUCCGCAUUUCGGGAGAUGUACUAGUGCGAGGGUUGAGUUUGAUUAAAGGUAUCAGACAGGUAGAACUGGUAGCUAGAAGGUGUGGGAAAGAAAUGGAGUCCAGCUGGGUGCUGGUUUGGAUGAGUGCCGACAUCAUGACGUGGGAACUACCAGCGACAGUCCACGUCCAGGGGGAGGCAGGGCCGUGGGGUCUCCACACCCUCCUGGAGGACAAAGGUAAUGAGGUGCCGGAGGAGGAGCUAGAUGAGGCCCCAGGGGAGGUGCCAGUAGCCAGGGGUGGAGGGUUACAGUGGGAAGACUUGGCCAGGCCCCGUCCCCCAGUUAGGGAUGAGACCUCCGAGUUAGUGGCUGCCAUUACCUCCCUGGUGAGAAGGGUUGAGGGGCCCCACUCGAAGCUCAGAAUUUUCUCAGGAGCCAUGCCCACCCUGGAAGAGGAGGACGACUAUGAGGCAUGGAUGGAGAAUACGUCCCAGUUGUUAGAGGCGUGGUCAGUUUCGGAUGAGGAAAAGAGACAGCGAUUAGUAGAAAGUUUGAGGGGCGGGGUGGCCAGUGUAGUCCGCGAUUUGAGAGUGGAACGGCCCUCAGCUUCCCUGCCGGAGUGUUUGGACGCUUUGGAGGAAGUGCUUGGACUGUCAGGAAAUCCCUGGCGACUUUUAGCGGAGUUUCAAAACAUGGGGCAGGGAAGAGGGGAAAAGCUCUCAGAAUACAUUUUCCUGCUGGAAGAAAGGCUUACUGGGUUCUGGCGCCGAGGGGUAGUGAAGGCGGACGAAGUGGCGAAGCUGAGGAUGAGUCAGAUAUGUAACGGUUCCCGGGAGGAUGGCAGGGUGGCUUGGAGUAUCUGGCAGUCAUAUAAGAGGAGCCCCCCAACUCCAUCAUUUGGGCAGCUGAUUAGAGAGGUGCGGGAGGAGGAGAGUGCUUCGGGCCGAAAAGGGGGCUCGGACCCCCGGGGAUGGUCUUCAGCCGUUCAGGAGGUGGUAGCUGUGUUGAGAACAGAGAAAUCCAAGGGGUCCUGGUGGGCAGGGACCCCCCCUUCCCCGCUUGCGGGGAUGGACAGGGGGAGUACCCCCUUCGGGGGUCGUCCCGGAAGGAGAGAGGUGGCGGGUAGCGUGUGCUAUAACUGUGGGAGGGAGGGGCAUUUCCGGCGAGAAUGUGAGUGGCCGGGGGUGUGCUACAGCUGUGGGGAAGCGGGUCACUUGCGGAGGGAUUGUGAGAGACAAGAUGCUCCGAGAAGGGAGGGCCCCUGGGCCUCUAAGAAGGGAGAGAUUUGGGGCAUAAGUGACGGUGAUUACCCGUACGAUGGGUACCCGUCAGUGAGAAUGGAAUUCCUGGAGAGCGAUGUGGGAGUGUCGGAAGCUCUUGAGACGUUGGUGUUGCUCUGUCCGGACCCGGUGGAAACCGGUGGCGCUGCCCCGCUAGUGGGGACUAACUCCCCUUUGGUGCGACGGCUCCUGGGCGCCUGUAAGAAGGCGACGGGGGAGAACUUUCUGGAGACCCUCUCGGUACACCCAGUGUUUCGAGUGGUGUUCGAAGAAUUGGGUGACCCCCACGGGCUGGAUCCUGAGUGCAAACGAGGACGGUGUGGUGUACUCAGGCGAGGCCUAAGGACAACAAUGAGAUCUGUUAAAAAGAAUCCAGAGAAUAUAGGCCAAGGCUACUCAGUCACUCUUCAAGGAACAAACACAUCAUUGCUGCCACCAGGCGUGAAUCCAGGGAAUCCAGGUCUGCUUGCUCUGAUCAGACAGUGGAAUCUCAGCCUGAGGAAAUCUACAGCAAUUCCAGAUCCUGGCUGUUUGGUGCCUCUCGCUGUAGCAGCUGUAGACAUUGGACAGUACACUGAUGUGAACAACCCUGGAGAUGGAGGGUAA